AUGCAUCCGAGGGCUUCCUGCGCUGUGCUAAAGUACACCAUCAUCGAGCGGUUCGGCAGGGCAGCAGCUCUGCUGCUGGUGUGCGCCGCCGUGGUGCAUUCUGCUGUCGGCAGACCUCAGCCAGAAGGCGAUCUGGAGAGCAGGAAAGACUGCCAGCCAGAGCAGGUGCAUCUAGCUCUUACUGGAGAUCCCACUGAGAUGCGCGUCAGCUGGAAGACAGAUGGGGCUGGGUGCAGUGGGCGCCUGCACUGGGCCAGUGACAACGGAGAUAUGCUGCUUUCUUCAACCUCGCUGAAUCAGUCAUUACCUUCUGAGGAGUCCUCCUACUCGGCGGAGGACAUGUGCAGCGAGCCGGCCAUCAACUAUAAUUUUGACCCGCCGCAUCUGCACAGCGCUGUCAUUACCGGAUUGGUGCCAGGCGACCGCUACCAGUACAGAAUAGGCAGUCACCUGCCACUGAGCAGCUUCCGGGCAGCUGCAAAGCCGGCGCCGGACGCGGGGUUCACCUUCAUCGUGUAUGGUGACAUGGGGGAGUCGGACCACAGAGCCGCCAAGUCUCCAGGGGCGGCGGACACGGCGGAGAACGUGAAGCAGGAGAUUCUGGACAGGGGGGCGGAUCUGGUGCUGCACAUGGGGGAUAUAAGCUACGCGAAUGGGGAGGUGCGCAUCUGGGACGCUUUCAUGCGCUACAUCGAGCGGUACGCGAGCGCCGCGCCGUACAUGAUCGGCGUGGGCAACCACGAGUACGACUACCGCACCGGCCGCGAGAAGCACCGCAAGCGCGCCCGCCACCCGGACGCCUCCGGCUCCGAGGAGCCCUACGACCCCGACUGGGGCAACUACGGCAAUGAUUCAGGCGGGGAGUGUGGCGUGGCGGUGGCCAAGCGCUUCCGCAUGCCCAACAGAGAGACCGCGGCCGGGCCGCCGUCCAACGCGCCAUUCUGGUACGGGUUUGACUACGGCUCCGUCCACUUCACCAUCCUCUCCAGCGAGCACGACCUCCACAAUGGGUCCCUCCAACGAGAGUGGCUGGAGGCUGAGCUUGCAGGCGUGGAUCGCUGCGUGACCCCGUGGCUGCUGGUGGGGCUGCACCGCCCCAUGUACGUCCCCUACCCCCACAAGUCCAACCGCGUCGACAUCCUUGAGGACACGUUCCUGAGGCACGAGGUGGACAUGGUGAUGUCGGGGCACGUGCACCUGUACGCGCGCACCUGCUCCGUCAAGCACGACCGCUGCAAGAAGCCUGGCCGUGGCGGCAUCACCCACGUCACCGUCGGGUGCGGGGGGCACAAGCUGAGCGCGAUAGAGGACGACCAGAAGGCGUGGAUAGCGUCGGCCGCGUCGCACUUUGGGUACGGGCGCGUGACGGUGGACGACAGCGGGUCGCUGCUGUGGGAGUAUGUGCGCACCAAGGACGGCCGCACCCACGACCACGUCCGCCUGCACAACCACCAGGCGGACCGCUGCAACGCCGCGCGCAAUGCCUCAGCAGACGGGGCGCUCCUCGGCAGCUUUGCUGACGUCAGCGAUGAGAUUGAUGAUGAGCUGGCAGAUGUCGAUGCUGACUGGGUUGAUGAACUGGCGGAGGAGCAGGCGGGGGGCAGGUACUUCGAGGGUGUGGAUGAGGAUGAGCGGGGUUGUUUGGAAGAUGAAGAGGAUAUGGAAGAUGAAGAGGAUGUGGAGUCACAAUUGGGAGAGCAGGAAAGUGAUGAAGAUAGGUGGCAUCCGACUGUACUGGGUGACAGCGCAGAACAGCUCAGAUCAAAGAUAGUGGCAGCAUCCUGA